AUGAAACCUGUAGAAUUUCCGGUGAAACCCGAAGAAAUUCUACAACUGUUUGUUGAAUCUCAAACAUCCGAAUUAUUUUGUAUUCAACUUCACAUUGAUUUAUUAUUUGUGGGUUACAAUGACUAUAUUGUAAUUUUACGUCGAACUGAUCAAGGUCAUUUCGAUUAUGAACAUAUCAUCAGUGUCAAAUACAAUAAUGAAGAUCAAGCAUCAAUUAGUAGUUUUAUCGUUGAUGACCAACAGCUAUGGAUAUCAAGUGCAAACAUUUUAUCAAUUUAUGACAUUUCAGAUGAUAAAAAAACUUACGGUUUACUAAUGAAAACAGCCUUUGAUGAUGAGAAUGAUACAUGUGAAUCGAUGAUAGCAGUGAAUGGAUUCAUUUGGUGUGGUUCAACUUACGGAAAACUAUACGUGUUUAGAACAGAUAAUUAUGACUUAUCGAAAUCAUUUGAUGGACACCACGAUAAAAUUCGAUCACUGUGCAUUAUGACCGACAAAUAUUUAUGCAGCGGAUCAUCUUCAAACGACACAUCAAUUGCCAUAUGGAAAAUACAAUCGGAGACAAAAUGUUCAUCUCUCCUUACAUCGUCAAGACCAACAACACAUCGACGUUCAACACUGCGAAUAUUACAAAAUUUUUUAUAA